AUGUAUCAUCCUGAUCUCCGGGGGCAUCUUCUGUCACCUCUCGACCAUAGCAUCCCAAAGGUGUAUUUCACCUUUUAUCUCUCUUUCAGCUUGCAGCAGCCAGGAGUGGGCUUAAGGUCACUUCAAAACGGCAUCAGAAAGCUCGCUGAAACCAUUCCAUUUAUUACAUAUGAUGUGGUUCCCUCCGAUAUCAAAUCGCCGGAGAACGCUCACUGCAUCCGACCUCCCUCUAGCUCGACCAUGUUCGUACCAUUACUUCAAGUCCGAGACCAUUUUUAUGAAUCGGUAACAGUACUUGGGGGCACUUCCACCUGUACUGGCGAUGAAGAAUUGGAAUUCUCCAAGAAGUACGCACCCCUACCGACAGUGCUGCACCCCACGCAGCCCCAACCUGCUCUGCGAUUUGCCGCCAACAUGAUGACGGAUGGGAUUCUUCUGGGUGUCAGCUUCAACCACUUGGUCUUUGACGGCACUGGAGUUGGUAACAUUCUCGGUGUUUUGAGCCAUUACUGCAGUGGUGCGCAGAGCACGGCAGACCUGCAUGAAAUCAAUAUGAAAAUGCGUCAGCAAUUGUGCCUUGAAAAUGCAAGCGGCAAAAGCUUAUGGAAAGACUUCUCCGCCAGCCACAGCGCGGAAAGCCCUUUAUCAUGCUUAACCCCUGCACAGUGCCAAUCGGAAAUGGCACCGUCGCUCCUCGAAUCCUUCCGAUUCAAAGUGUCGGACAGAACGAUCCGUCGGUUAAAAGGUGUUUGUACCGCCAUGAUAUCUGGCAACAACUACUACGAGACAAAUGCGGCCAGCUUGGCAUACAUCUCAUGCCAUGAUGUGCUGACCUCUCUUCUUGCGGUGUGUCUGCAUCAGGGUCAAGCCACAGCAUUGCACGAAGGUGAUUACAAGAUCUCCUUUGCGGCCAACCUCCGACCUCGCAUGAGGCCCCCCUGGCCCAACCUCUAUCUCGGGAACAUGGUCGCUAUGUUGCACGUGCCACAGUCGUCCCUGACAGAGAAGGCCAACAUCAAUAAAGGGAUCAUCGCGGCAUAUCAUCCCAACAUGCACACUGAAGACUUGAUCCAGGUCGCCAACACGGCUUCCGCAAUCCGCCAGGAGAUCCGGACCCUGACGGACCCGCACAUUCGCAGCUUGAUCACUUAUUUGCGGCUGCAGCGUGACUGGGGAGCAAUGAACAUCAAAGGCGGCCACUUCUCCGUCACCAGCCUUCGGCAUUUGAAUGUGUAUAACUUCAAUUUCGGCGAAGAUUUAGGCACGGUGUCCGACUUUCGCUUGCAUGUGGGGCUGCUGGAGGGUUUUCUGUGUGUGAUUCUUCCCAAGGGGCAGCACAAAGACUGGGAUAUCCAGUUCAUGCUGCAAAAAGAACAAGUUCAAGCAGUCAAAAACCACCGUCUUUUUCGUUGGUUAAUGGGUGAAUGUGAUGGGCAAGCUAAGCAUGGUUACUGUGCCUCUCUAUUGCACGGAACCAUGGAUUGA